GAAGCAGCGUUAACAUCUGCGUCGGGUGCGUCCGGCUAUCAGCCAACCACCACAUCCUUUACCUCCUUUAUCACACAUUUAAAUACAAAUAUAUACAUUCAUCUUGUGCAGUGUCACUUAUUUAUUAAUUGUUCCUUUAUUUUUAAUCAAAAGUGCAAUUUUUGUUUUGUAUCAGUGCAAUAAAGUUUUUUUUUUUUGAAUUGUUUAUUACAACUCUCAGUGACGAUUUGAUUUUUUAUUAUUCUGUUAACGGUUGACCGCGUUAAGUAGUAAGAUAAAUGCGCGGUCAGACGUUAACAUUUGUCGGCCGUAAAAGUCUAUUUUUAUGCGACAAUUAUUGGUGAAUAAAAUAAAAAAGAAAUUGAACCAGUGAAGUGACAGUACAAGUGUCGUUUCUGGAUAAAUUUACAAAAAAAAAAAAAAUGAGAGCUGGUGUGGAUACGGAAGCGCCGUGAUAUAGACAGAGUAGCUUGGGUUACUGUCAACAGCAGACCAGCAAAGAUGAAGAGCUCGUGCAAACAGCGAAGGGGAGGGUUUAUAAACGAAUUUAUUCGCGGGAUCCAAGCUGAUCCUCACAUUGACAUCAGAGAGUGAGAAGAAGAUCCGUGAUUUCUCACGGGACAUGAUCUCGUGGGGUCUUUUCAAGGAGCUGGGAUGAUCUUGGCACAUAUUGAUCUCACACAUAGAUCAUAGAUCAUAGAUCAUGGCUGCAAAUUAUGAUUAUGACUUUUUUGAUUACCGUGCUCAAGAUGUAGACUGCCAUGAAAAUUUCUUACGGGAGACUAACACGCGAGGCGUUUAUCGCGCCCGGAAAUUAACUCGUGAAAAAAUCGAGGGUUGGAUUUUCAGCGCAGGAGAAAUUUGAAUGAAUUUUAUAAAAAAAAGAAUGAUAAUAAAUUUAAGAUUGAAGAUUCUGAUGGAAAAAUUCAGCGAGUGAAGGGAAGAUCUUCGAUAAAACUUUUCUGGAUUGCAGUGAUACGUUGGAUUUACCGUUAGUGCAAUGACAGUGCAAUGUUAAAUGUGUUUUUGGUCUGGUCUUGUUCUGAAAAUCUAAAAUGAUGCUAAGCUGGGUGGCAGUGUGGAUAGUAGCGGUCCAGCCGAUAAUAAUAAUAGAGGCCGCGCUGAAUUCGCGAGUGGUCAGGACUAAAUACGGUGAAAUAUCGGGUGUGAUAGUGACCCUUGAGCGGAAUCUCGAGGGUGUUGAGGUGUUUCGCGGGGUCCCGUACGCCUCCCCGCCGGUCGGCUCUCUCAGGUUCAUGCCUCCGGUUAAUGGGGCGCUCUGGCAGGGGGUCAAAAUCGCGGAUAAGUUUAGUCCGGUGUGUCCUCAGAAACUUCCGAAUCUGACCAGCGAGAUGCCCAAGGGACGGGUCGAGUAUCUUAAGAGAUUACUGCCCUACUUGAGUAAUCAGAGCGAGGAUUGUUUGUAUUUAAAUAUCUACGCUCCUGUUCAAGCUGGCGCCCGAGACGGCGCCAACCGCAGAUAUCCUGUGAUCGUCUUUGUCCACGGCGAAAGCUACGAAUGGAGCAGCGGUAAUCCUUACGACGGCAGUGUGCUUGCAAGUUAUGGUGGUGUCGUCGUCGUCACCAUCAACUACCGGCUUGGCAUUUUAGGGUUUCUCAACGCCAACACGGAUUCGCACUUACGUUCCCCAGCUAAUUAUGGCCUGAUGGAUCAAAUAGCGGCUUUGCAUUGGGUCCAGGAGAAUAUCGUUUACUUCGGCGGGGAUCCGACCAAUGUUACCCUAGUUGGACACGGAACCGGGGCUGCCUGCGUCAAUUUCCUUAUGGCCAGUCACGCGGUUCCUGACGGGCUGCUGUUUCACCGGAGCGUUCUCAUGUCGGGAAGUGCUUUGUCGCCUUGGGCGCUAGUCAGAGGCGCUGCUAAUUACGCGAUGCAAGUUGCUAAAUAUUUGAACUGCACUGGGGUAAGCCAUGAUCCCCAGUUGUUGCUUCAAUGUCUGAGAGAAGUCCCACUGGAAAAUCUCCUGUCUGUUCCUGUCCAGGGACUGGCUUUUGCCCCGGCCUUUGGUCCUAGUAUCGACGGCGUUGUCAUUGAUCCUGGAGAUCCCGAGGAUUUGGACUAUACGCUACAAGUUGACACUAUCAAUACACUCAAUAAUAUUCUACUACGGAAGGAUGUUGUUGCUAAAUUGAGCAGAUACGAUCUCAUGGUUGGGGUAGUCCGAACAGAGUCAUAUUUUUCGCUGACCUCUGACGACUCCCUGUAUGGAUUGGAGGCUGAUCGUCGUACAAAAAUAUUGCGCGAGUUUGUUAGAAAUACAUACACAUACCAUCAACCGGAAAUAUUAGCGACAAUUAUUAAUGAGUAUACUGACUGGGAAAGACCUGUACAACAUCCUGCAAGUAUAAGAGACGAAACUUUAGAAGCGUUGGGUGAUGCGAAUACAGUAGCACCAGCAACUAAAACCGUCGAUCUUCAUAGUCAAUCUCACAGAAAUUCUUAUUUGUAUGUUUUUGAUUACCAAACUAAAUUUGGAGAUUAUGUCCAGCGACUGGGGUGUAUCCACGGCGAGGAACUUCCAUACUUCUUCGGAGCUCCAUUAGUAGGUGGUUUAGCUCACUGGCCUAAGAAUUAUACAAGGGCAGAGAUAACGUUGUCUGAAAGUGUUAUAUUAUAUCUCACAAACUUCGCUCGUACCGGGAAUCCCAACGAAGGAACUCCGGAUACCGGUCCAGGAGGCACUCGUCCUGAGCGGACCAAAUUAAAAAAUAUACUCUGGACGGCUUAUGAAGCCACACAUAAAAACUAUCUUAAUAUAGACACAAAACCAAAGUUAAAAAAUCAUUACCGGGCGCACAGGUUAUCUUUCUGGUUAAACCUAGUACCGGAUCUUCACAAGCCGGGUGGAGAUGACGUUCCGCGCUCUCAUCAUCUGUUAGAUGCUGAGCAGGUAAAAGUCCCACCGCGGUUUAUACAAAGGAUACCAACAACAACAAAACUAACAACCAUUGAAAUAACAACCGAACGCGUACCAAACACAACAACGAGCUCAUCAAAUGAAUUAACGCUCGAAGAAACAACACCGCAACCUGAGGAUGGUUUCGCGGCGUACUCCACCGCACUCAGUGUGACAAUAGCCAUCGGUUGCAGUUUAUUAAUACUAAACGUGUUAAUAUUCGCCGGUGUUUACUAUCAACGCGAUAAAAACCAGCACCACUGCCCGAAAAAGCGGCAAGAAAACGGGCAAAUGCCCAAUAACAUCUGCGGAGAGCUGGAGACAAAACCGUCAGACCGUCACCACAUCCAACACAUGCCGCCUCCAGAUUUUGCAGACCUGCAAAACAACUCCUGUCUCGUGCCUAUGCCGCCUCCUCCGCCAAAAAACACAAAACCCGCAAAGCCCCAGGCAGGCCAAAAUUUGAUAAUGAGCCCCAAUCAGCUUCAACAGGAGAACAUGCCCAUGUCUGCGGUAGGAACGCUGAAGAAAGGGCAAAACCACCAGCAGAUAAUGGAAGAACUGAGGGUCUGACUUUAGGACAACAGCUCAUCGAGCUGUUCUCGGAUCAUCUCGACUUCUUCAUUCUACGGAUGAUUGAAAAGUAUAUUAAUAAAUAAACAAUUAAUAAAGAAAAUCACACGGAAAGAACAAGAUGACACUGGAUAUCAUCUCAGAUUAUACUCAGUGAUAUCUGUAGUUAAAAAAAAUUUCAGAUAGUAGCUAGAAAAAUCUAGAUUGUAAGGUAUCGGCGUGUAAUAAGGCCUAGCUAUGGGAGAUUUUGAAAAAAAAUCGAAAAUAUUGCAUUUAAUUAUUAAAAUGUACACGGAAAAAAGUAAACUGUAAUAUAUAA